AAAGCAAACACAUCAUGUAGUUGGUUGCGUCGUUUUCAAUCUUUCUGAAUUUGUUAAGAUGCAGUCAAGAGAAGAAAUUAAUAACUCCUACCUGCAGAAAGUACUUACAGAUGUUGAAAAGAAACUUGUUGAUCUUUUUAUCCAAGAGUGGAACACGCAUUACAAAGAAUCUCUUGGAGAAUGGGAAAAUAUAAACGUUAGUGGUCAGAAAUUGUUCAACAUUGAAAUUUCAAAAAAGAAACCUCCUGAAAAACAUAUUCUGUCAAAUUUUCAAAAUGGUGACACUAAUAAGUGGGAUUGUACGACGUUAUUCGCAGCGAUAUUAUAUUCCAAAUCAAUUGGAACAAAAAUUGGUCCAAAAGUUAGAGCUGCUGUGGACAAACUUCGUGAUGUUAGAAACAAGUUCAUUCAUGAAAAUAAAGGAAAAGUUUCUGAUGACAAAUUUAAAACAAUGCUUUGUACUAUUGAAAACUCGUUUCGAGAUCUAGGAUUUUCAUUUAAUGAAAUUAAUAAAAUAAAAAGUCAACGAAACAGAUUUAGUUCUUUUCAAGUACUUCCUUGCAAACCAAAUCACGAUGUGGUUAAACGUACAGAGUUACUAAAUCAAAUCACAGCAGAUCUCAAUGAAUUGCGCAAUACUAACAAUAAUGAACUAACUUAUUACUAUAUUACUGGUAAUCCUGGCAGUGGUAAAUCUCAAUUAGCCAGACAAACUUGCGAAGAAAUGUAUAACUCGUUUGACUGGGAAAAGAAUACGACAUUUGUGAUGACACUCGAAGGAAAUGAUGCGGAAUCCCUUUUAAAAACUUAUGCUGAACUUUGUAAACGCUUUAACAAUGAUAAAACUGUCAUUGAAAGUAUUUUAAAGGAAGCAAAAAGCAGCAAAGAGAAAAUUAAAGAUUUUCAAUUAAUGCUGACACAACAACUGAAAGCUUGGCAAACAUGGUGGAUUGUUGUAGAUAACGUGGUUGAACUUCAUAAAAUUUAUCCAUUAUUACCUCAAGUUGGUGAUCAUAGCUGGAAAAAUGGACAAAUUAUAGUAACUGUCCAAAAUACAGAUGCUAUACCACCAGAUGGAAAUCUAAAUAAACACAUUUCAGUUAGUCAUGGUAUGAACAAUGAAGAAUACAAAUUAGAUCGUCAACCGUUGUUCCUGGCAAAUGCUGCUUCCUACGUAGGUAGAGUAAAAGUGUAA